AUGGCAGAUGGGAGUGAUGAUACACGACAGCAGCCGCGGAGCAGGCUGAGAAAGAACGAGAAAUCUCGCGCUUCAAAGGCGCGCAACAAAUUCAAAAAAUCACUGCCACAAAUCACCGAGGACAAUCUCCUUCAUUUCCAGCUUAUGCAUUUCGGCGAUGAUACGAAACCCAAUGAGUGGUUUGUGGAUGCACAAAAGGCACUGAACUUUGAGCUAGAGUACGAAGAGCCAGACGAUGAAUUGGGCUACUACGACGAUGGCGUCAAGCGAACGCUCACAGACGAGCAAAUUGCUGUUUUCCGACGUACAGAACUCUGGCAAAUGAAGCGCGCCCAGGAAUUACAGCAACAAGAAGAACGUGAAGCAAAGGCAGCCAUCGCUGAGCAAGACGGGAGAGCCGCGUCGCCUGUUUCAGACGUUUCCAGCCUGGAGGACGAAUUGCUUGCAUUCGCAACUGCUCAGCGCAAGGACUCCCGACCCGCGCUCGCGCCACCUUCACCCAAGCAACGCCAGCAUUCGCAGAGUGGGCGCAGUGAAGCAACUUCGAGUUCUACUGGAUCUAGAAAACGCAAACGAACGCGGGACGUCCCGUACGACCAGCGGCAUAAGCGUAAAUGGGAAGGCUAUAUCAACAACAAAGACCCGAUCGAAGGAUCUGUCACUCAUCGUCGCUUAGCUCGAGAGAUGGACGACCAACAGAACGAGACUAUUGAGAUGGAUUAUUGAAGAUAUCCGGAUCACUUCUUAGACUCACCACCGUCAGCUUGGCCAAACCUUGCAGUUGUUUUUGUUGCUGAAGUUUUCAGCAGUCCCGUGCGGCUCACAAGAUGCCUGCAGCAUGGGCUUGAGCCGCGACACAGGCAGGUCUCGCACUAUUCCCAAGCACCCGCGGUCCUAUCUCUUCUUCGUCGCCAGAAUGCCAGUCACAGGAACAAGGCA